AUGUCUGAGCCAGAUUCCAAUACAGUCCAAAAGCUUAACAAAGCCUUUAUGGAUGCUAACUCCGGAGAAGUUAAAAAGGAGACAGCUUUAAUGAUGAUCUCUUCAAGUAUAAAUUGGGCUGAUUUCCUAACCCCUGCACCCAUGUGCAUUGCCCUUCUUGGACAACUGAUGCUGAUAUCCACAGAAAAAGAUUUUUCUUUGGAGAAGCAAAGGCCCGAGAAUGGUUUUAAGUAUAUCGAGCACCCUGAAUCAUUCCGUACAUCGUUGGUACAAGUUAGUAACGCUGGCUGGAGAGCAUUCAAUGAAGCCCACAAGGUAAUACCAAAAUAUACCGAAUAUUGACAAAAUUUUCGUCUACUAAAAGAAAUGCUUCAAAAGGAUGCAAAACAUUGGAGAAAUUGCCUUGACUGCUUCAUCAUAUGAAAAACAGUUUUGAGAAUUUUUAAUUUAUGUCUGAUGUUUUUAACCUUGUAUAAAUAGAGGAUAUUACAUGGCCGCGCGGUGAUACAAAUUUUAUCUUCGAGUGCUGAAAGUAUCUCUCACAAGUGAGCGAUACUUUCAGCACGAGAAGAUAAAAUUCGUAUCCCCAAGCGGCCAUGUAAUGUUCUGUUUAUUUUAUAGAUACUGAUGAAAUUUCUUCAUAAAACACAACUUUUUUAAAAUUCAUUUUCGAAACAGCAAAAUAGUGCAAUUAAAGUGAUCACCUAUCGCAAAAUGCCUGUCACAAAAAUGUUAUGAAACUCGGAUGUAAAGUUAUAAAGGAGAAAUAAAGACAAUAUACUUUUAUUUUCUGUUCCAAAAAGUCAAAAUUCUAAUGAACAAGAGAAAUAUUAUGUUAGUAACCAUGGCGACAUCAAUAUCCUCACACGUGAAAGAUAAAAAAUAGUAUCUUCACUGUGCGCGAUGAAAUAUGAUUUUUUAGUAAAAGGAAAAAUCCUGGUAUUUCAUCAGUAUCUAUAUAAUAAAUAAAGUUAUCAUUCAUUCAUUAGCUAUAUACCCCUUUUCCUCCUCAUCAUGUUGUCCAUACAUUCAACCUUUUCUUGCUGUUCUAUAUUCAGGUUCUGGGCACAAUUUUUGUAAUGUGGUGUAUGUGAGCCCCAAGAAUCUAAGACUCAGAAGGCUCGAGUUACUACAGGGGUCCUGGAACUACUCCCAAAAAAAAAAAAAAAUCGUACUGAUUGAAGUUGCAUAUCUUGUAUAUUGAAAGCUGCCACAUAGUACAUUAGACAUGCAAUGCUGCUCAAAAAAUUUGGAAAAUUGAUAACACAUUUCACUGCUUAUUGAUGCUACAAUAGAACCCCGUCAUAUUUGAUUUUAUAUUUUUGGGGGAGUUAUUACUUGCUUAUUACUUGGUUUGACCUUUUUGGAUUGGAUUUUGGAGGUAUUAGGAAAACAAGAUGAAGUAUUUAGACCUUAUAGGUCCUAGUCUUUGAGCGUAUUUUAAGGAUACGUUAUGAAAGUUACCUUAACUUCCCCUCUUCAAAAAAUGGGAGAUUCAUGGUCCCUCUAAGCAUGGCCCCCUCUAUAUGCCAUUUUCUUGUGGGCCAACCCUGAAAACCACCAACCCAUCUUCUUGGUAUAAAAUAUUUAAUGGUCUCUUACUAACAUAAUCUUAUUUUAAGGGUUUUUAACUGACGAUACUGUCCUGACUUAUAACUGUAUUUAGUGUGUCGCACGCAAUUUACUUUUGUUUUGUUUUACACCAAAACAACGUGUCACUCAGAAUUUACUGUGACUACUUAAUCAUGAUUUAGAAUUUUACUAUCAUUGACCAACUACAUCAUCAGCUAACUGUGACUUUUAAUUUUUUCCCCAAGAACAUGGAUCGAAUCCGUCUCUACUCCAUUCAAAUCCCUGAUCAAGUCAAGAAAGUUGUUCGCACUCUCAUCAAAGGAACUGACGAGGACAUCAAAGAUAUUCUUCCAAUAGAACUUGGAAAGAUUGAGAGACAUUCAUCAGAGUGUUUAUCUUUGGCGGAAGCAGUUGAAAAGAAGUUCCAAUUUGUCAUGGAACUGACGAAUGAGCUAAGUGAGGUCUCCUCUGCAGCCCAAGGCUAUUAUCAGAAGGAACAAGAAGUAACAGAAAAGAAAAGAGAAAUUGCCCUAAUAAAAGAAAAGACGGUCCGGGAAGCAGCAGCUAAUAUGAAGGAACAGCAAGAAAAACUCGAAAAACAAGUACGUGAAGCUAAACGAGAUUUUGAGAGGGCUAUGGAUUCUAUGCCGAGCGGAAUGGAGGUUGUUGGAAUGCAUGUUGUCGAGACGAUAACAAAUUUGAUUUCCAGCAGUUCUUCAUCCGUUCUCCGCAAGUCAGGGAAUCCUUCCUCUAACCCUAAUUCGCAGGAGGACUCGUCAGGAACGGAGCAAAUGCAUACAGUCAGCCUUGGAGGAGAUCAGUUGAAACAACUGAUUAUUCAGUUGGUUGAACACCUCAAGUCUGGGGCCCGAGGAAAAGACCCAAGUGGGGCUGGAGAAACCUUAUCUGGAAAGCUCCAAUCGGUGAGGCUCUGGAUGGAGAGUUUAAAUAAAGAUUUCUCUGCUAAAGAGGACAGCGCCUCAGGCAAGAAACUGGCGGAGCUACUCUCGAAAGGGUUGGAGAUCUGCAAAAGAGCUGAAGAAUUAUCCAAUGAAAUUUCCUCUCAACCGAAAGAUAUGGAAACAGUGGCCAAGGAAGCAUCAGUCCUAAAAGAAAAGGUUUGCAAGUUUUGCACAAAAAUUAAAGCAAAUUCAGGAGGAAAUCCAUUUUACACCAAACCACCAAGGCAAGUCAAAACAACAACCAGUGCUGCCAAUUCCGCCUCUUCUGGUUUGACCAACACAGUUGUCGAAAAUGCACGCUUUAAAGUCGCUGAAGCAAGGGGUCUCUUGGAAAAACAGGAGGACCGCUAUGACAAAGCAUGCCAAGAAAUGAAAGAAAGCAACAAAAAGCUGGGUGAAGUAUUGCAGGAACUUGCACAAUUCAGCCCAGAAAAGAUUGCUGAUUUUGAGGAAAUUAGAAAGACGCUAAGACUUGGUCUUCAAGCCCUUGCCUCUCUUCGUGAAAAGUGGCAGAAACUGGUGGAGUUCUUCCAGUUUGUCACUAGUAUUAUUAAGGCAUGUCAGAAUGAGAGUAUUGCAGGCUUUGUUCAGUACGCUAAGGUAGGCCAAAAGCGAGCAUUAACCAACGGCUAUGCCGGAACCGAUUUCAUGAGAGAUGUCAUCUACGAACAAGUGAACCAAGCAAACACAACUUCGUACGUGGUUUGGUCGAUUUCCAACAUGUACGUGGAAAUAUCCCGCAAUCACCUGAUGGGCCGUUUGGCCAGUCUUAGCCAUCUGGUCGCAUUGGAUCCAGAGAAGGAUCGACAUAAAAUCGAGAUGAUGAAGAAUGAGCUCUUGGAAGGCAGCAAAGAAGCCCAAGAGGCGAUAAAAAGGCUUGUGUGGGAGGCUCAAGAUCAGUAUCACGUUAAGGUUGAAAAACGAAUCAAGCAGAUUGAGUCCGAGCUGAUGAAAGCACUUCCCCCAGAAGAUCUAUCAAGAAUAAAAGAAAUACAAGCCACCGUUAAAGAAGCCAUCAAAGAGGCAGAUGAUGAACUUGAUGAAGAUCAGUUCGCCUGA